AUGGCACUCGUGAUGGCAGGCAUUGGUCUGAGAAGACUGUUGGAGCGACAGAUGGCUAAGCGCAAGCGAACACCCAUCGAGUACGCCGUCCUGGCAACGAUCGUAUGCUUUGUAGCGGCGAUUAUCAAGUACCCCAACCGGGCCGUCUUCACGAAUGCUCGACCAGACCUGAAGGCAUUGAAACGAGACGCUCCAGGCUUACCUUUGAUUGGAAACCUCGCCGAUAUGCUGUCGCACCGGGAGGACCCUCUUGAUUAUCUUCACAAGACCUUCCAAGAACACGGCGAUGUCAUCUCUAUCACAAUGCCUAUGAUAGGCCGAGCAAUUAUCCUCAAUCGGCCCGAGUUCAUGGAGCACAUCUUCAAAACCAACUUUGACAACUACGUCAAAGGUGACAUAUUCCGUUGGAACUUGACAGAUAUCCUCGGACGGGGGAUCUUUGUUGCCGACCAUGAGGAGUGGAGAUUCCAUCGGAAGACAGCCUCCAACAUCUUCACUACCAAGCUCUACCGGAGCUUGGUCGAGGGUGCCUUCAAGUCUAGUGCCGAGGAUUUCAGCACCGUACUCGAUAGUGCUAUUGCUGCCCACAAGCCUGUGGACCUCCAGGACAAGUUCCUCAAGUUGACACUGGAUGCGUUCGGAAAGCUGACCUUUGGGCUCGACUUCAAGGCACUAUUGAGCGAGGAUGGUCCGAACGAGUUUGGCGACGCGUUUGAUUUCUUGACUAGUGCUGCCGACGCUCGGUUAUCGAACCCGUUUUGGUUCAUUACUGAUCGGAUCAUCCCCGGGCGGUGGAAGAAGCAUUGGGAUUGUAUCGGUAUCUUGAACGAGUACGCGGCCAAGGCCGUGCGUAUCCGUCGAGCUGAGACGCCCGAACAAGCCGAGACGAGGAAACGAGACCUCUUGGACCACUUUAUCAACUACAAGAGCGAGGAUGGUACUAUGCUUACCGACCGUGAGCUGCGAGAUGUCUUUGUGAACUUUAUGAUGGCUGGCCGCGACACGACGGCACAGGCAUUGAUCUGGCAGUUCUACUGCCUCAUGGUCAACCCUCGAAUCAUGAAUAAUAUCGUUCACGAGAUCGACACUGUCCUUGAGGGUUCGACCGAAAAGAUCACGUACGAAGUCUUGAUGAAUGAACUGCCCUAUGUCAAGGCAGUCCUUCAUGAGACUUUGCGUCUGCACCCACCAGUCUCCAAGAACGUCAAACAGGCCGUCGAUGACGAUAUCCUCCCUGACGGAACACGAGUCUACAAAGGCGAGUUUAUCGCGUACUCGAAUUGGUGCAUGGGUCGAAACAAGGCUGUCUGGGGGAUCGAUGCCGAGCAAUUUGUCCCUGAGCGAUGGUUGGUCUCUUCAGACGCUAGUGGCUCUGCUAUGACGGUGAACCCUGCGACCGGUCGAGGACUCAGUCCCUAUGGAAAGUUCAAACCCGAGAGUCAGUUCAAGUUUAUUGCCUUCAACGCGGGUCCUCGUCUGUGUCUAGGCAUGACGUUCGCGCAGUUGGAGGCGAUGUCGACGACUUGUAUCCUGUUGCAGAGGUACCAGUUCCAGUUGACACCGGGGCAUCCUGAGCCGACAGUCAAGGGGUCGAUUACCUUGCCGAUGAAGGAAGCGUUGAUGACGGUUGUUACUAAGCGGACGGAUGGUCCUGUCCGUGUUCCUCUUGCUUCUCAGCGCAAAGAAUGA